UGGGGGGGGGUUUAGUAUUUUUUCUCCCUCCUCUCUUCUCGAUACGGGCUGCUAAAGAGGGUGAAUAGGGAGGGGAGAGACUAGAGAGAGAGAGAGAGAGAGAAUAUGUCGAUCCGGGCUCAUAUAUGGGACUGAAGAACUGUGGUAGUGAGUGCAGUCUGCAGUCUUUGGCUGAGUGCUUCCCUACCCUAAGUGAUGCCUGGCAUCUUCUCCUGGGCAACAGGAAUUCCUUCCACUGCAUAAGGGCGACCUGGAGGAAUAGAAUGGCAAAGGAUGUCUACUGAGGUGGAAAGUGAAGCAGCUGCUGAAACCCCUGCAGAUACCCCAGGUGCCAAUGACAUAACUACACCAGAGGUGGAUGUGAGAGAGGAGCAACGUCCGGAGAAGCAGUCAUUGAGCGCCUCUAUGUGCCGGGAGUCUCACUGGAAAUGUCUCCUUCUCUCCAUCCUUAUGCUUGUUUGCCUUUGUGCUGUUACCUGGUGCCAGGUUACAAGCGUUACCAAGCUCAGUUUCGACAGCUCACUGAAGGGAAGGUCUAUGAUCUAUCAUGGUAGUCCGUGCUCAGAUGGAUAUGUCUAUAUUCCCUUGGCCUUCUUAGCAAUGCUGUAUGUAGUCUACCUGGUGGAAUGCUGGCACUGUCAUGCCAAAAGUGAACUUCAACAUAAAGCUGAUAUUAGUAGUGUUUAUGACCAGAUCCAGCGUAUGCGCCAAGCUACACCUUGCAUCUGGUGGAAGGCCAUUAGUUACCACUUUGUUAGACGUACUAGACAAGUCACUCGCUACCGUCAUGGUGAUGCCUAUACAACUACUCAGGUUUACCAUGAGCGGGUUAACACUCAUGUAGCUGAAGCCGAGUUUGAAUACUCACACUGUGGGAUAAAAGACAUUUCCAAAGAGUUGUUAGAUUUGGAUCGCCAUCCGGCCACCAAGUUAAAGUUCACCAAGUGCUUCAGCUUUGCCAACCUAGAGUCCGAAAACUCAUAUCUCACUCAACGUGCCAGGUUCUUCACGGAGAUUGAAGGCCUAGAUGACUAUAUGGAAGCAAGGGAAGGAAUGCAAUUAAAAAAUGUGGAUUUCAAAGAGUUAGUCAUUGCCUAUGUCAACCUAGAACAACUACCUUGGUAUGUUUCACACUAUGCUUUUUGGGCAGCUGCCUUGCUCAUGUUGUCAUGGCCACUAAGGGUUUUUAUUGAAUACAGGACUGCCCAUGUUCAUUAUCACAUUGAGAAACUUCUAGGGAUGGAAUACACACCUCAAGCAGUGGCAGAGGAGCCUAUUUACCGGUUCAGAAUGCCACGUGUCAGCACUUUUGACAGUACAGAACUUGAAUGGCAUAUAUGUACCAAUCGCCAACUGAUUCCAAGCUAUUCUGAGGCAGUGAUGAUGGACCUAACAGAUGCGUCACUAUGCAAUGGCUACUCUGCUUGUGGCUACAGUGGUGUCUUGCGUGGUUGUGAAGGCUGCAAUAGGGCAUCUAGCAGUUCAUCAAUCUUUUCGCGCCAUGCUAUGCACAGCUGCAGUGGAGGGCGAUCUCGCCUCUCUCUCAGCACCAGCCGCUUUUCCCUAUGCCAGCUACAUGGAUCUCACAGGACAGGCCUUUGGAGAAGCCGCAGCAGUAGCUUAGCAGAGCGGGUUUGUCAAGAGGAUCGAUGCUGCUCCUAUUCCAGCCAACUGGCCAUUAACGAAAAUCCACCAACAUACCACGAUGCCCGUUUUUUCCCCGUGCUCAUAGUUCACCGCCAGGAAGGAUGCAGAACCAGAAACCUCUGUAUACAUCGCUCUUCCUGUAUGGAAACCUCCUUGUGAAGGGAUCUUUAAGGGGUUUUGUAGUUAAAGGGGUGUUCCGGGUUUAUACAUCUUAUCCCCUAUCCAAAGGAUAGAGGAUAAGAUGUAUGAGUGCAGGGUUCCCGCUGCUGGGGACCCUAGCGAUCUCGGUACAGCCCCCAGCAUACUGGGUCCCUUCCAUAGACAUGAAUGGAGGGGGCGUCGUGUGACGUCACUUGGGGGCAUGACACUGAUGUCACAACCCCGUCUCGGAAGCAGCGCCUGGCACAAAAUGCCGGAGACUGCACCAAGAUCACUGGGGUCCCCAGCUUAUCCCCUAUCCUUUGAAUAGGGGAUAAGAUGUGUAGAAACCCAGAAUACCCCUUUAAAUUCCACCUCAUAAAAGGGACCUUUACAUGUAUGGUAAAAAGAAAUGUUCACAAUUACAGUACAAUAUCAUGGAAUGAGUACUUGGAAAACAUUAUUCAGUAAAGAAAGACUUAAACUAAGUAGGUUAUGCACUUCACCAAAGUUCUUGAGCGUAGACAGAUGAAUGUCUUGGGUAUCAUCACAUUUCUGUAGGUAGAACAUACCGCACUGUAUAACAUUAUUUUUAUGUUUAGCUUCUAAUAUAACAAAAUGCAAUACUUUUCGGUUGGUGUUAGAGAACUAACACACCACAAAAGCUAUAAAUUAUGAUUAUAUAUUUUUUUUUUUUUAGAAAUGAAGAUCUGAGAUGUUAUGUGGUUUUUCUAAAAUAAUUCCGAUAGAGAUAACCGGAAUGUUUCUUAAUAGGCAUCUUGGCUACUAUUUCAUGAUUCAGAAAAGUUAAUACAAUUAAAGAACAAAGAUUUUCAAUUUAGUGGCAAAUAACAGAACAUACUGUAUAGGCCCCAAAUGUAAUAAAAAAAAAAAAAAUAUGUAAUGAUUGUUAUAGGAUGAGAAAAUACCAGGAUAGACGUGAACCAUGUACAGUGGUCCCUCAACAUACGAUGGUAAUCCGUUCCAAAUGGACCAUCGUUUGUUGAAACCAUCGGCUGUUGAGGGAUCCGUGCAAUGUAAAGUAUAGGACAGUGGUCUACAACCUGCGGACCUCCAGAUGUUGCAAAACUACAACACCCAGCAUGCCCGGACAGCCGUUGGCAGGUUGUAGACCACUGUUAGAGGAAGUUAUACUCACCUGUCCCCGCCGCUCCGGACCGUCACAGCUGCCCUGGAUGUCGCCCUCCAUUGCUGUCGCCGUGUCCCCGGGGUGUCCCCGAUGCUCCUGCAAGGCCUCUGCUUCCCAGGCAUCCGCGCUCUCCAUCGCCGCCAUCACGUCGCUACGCACGCCGCUCCUAUUGGAUGACGGGACGACGUGAUGACGACGAUGGAGAGCGCCGACGAUGCAGGGGAUCCCGAAGAGGAUGCGCCGGAGCCCCGAGGACAGGUAAGUGAUCGUCAGCGGACCACACGGGGCACUGUAAAUGGCUAUCCGGUGGCAGCUGAAGCAGUCUGCGCUGUCGGAUAGCCGUUUAUGCGAUGGCCCCGACAUACAAAAGCAUCGUAUGUUGAUGCUGCCUUCAACAUGCGAUGGACUCUGAGAGGCCAUCGCAUGUUGAAAUUAUCGUAUGUCGGGGCCAUCGUAGGUCGAGGGGUCACUGUACACUUUUAGCUAUAAUGGUGCUUUAUCAUACCUUAAAUACCUAAACACAGAAAGCCUUGGUUUGCAGUGGAGUAGCUAGAGGGGAGUCAGAGGAUGUACAGAUGUCGCCAACUUGAUAAGUGGCAUGCUACAAUUUUCACAUGACGUGCUAUGCUACUUACUUAGAGUGCCACAGAAAGUACCUACAAGACUGAAUCCCCUAUUUCUUAGUGAAGAGUCAAGGAGGCGGGGCUGAGCUUGUUCUCACCUCCAAGCCUCUCCUUGAAUGAUGUUCAGGGCUCUUUACAUCAAUUAAGGAGGUGCCGGUAAGUGAGGAGGUGCGUUAGGCUGUGGCACUUGAGCCGCUCCACUCCACAUCCUUGACACUUGGCUGACACUGACAAUAAUGCACUUUUAUAAGUUUUACAACCCCCAUACACAGAAAUAGCCAGGUAAAUGUUGCCUGGCAUAAUAUCCAGUUAUCCUAAUGAUGCAGGUCCUAAAGAUAAGACUCCCAGCAUUAAAGGGGUACUCUGGUGGAAUUAAAAAAAAAAAAUAUUUUAUUUUUUUCAAAUCAACUGGUGCCAGAAAGUUGAACAGAUUUGUAAAUUACUUCUAUUUAAAAAAAAAUCUUAAUCCUUCCAGUACUUAUCAGCUGCUGUAUACUACAGAGGAAAUUCUUUUCUUUUUGAAUUUCUUUUCUGUCUGACCACAGUUCUCUCUGCUGACACCUCGUCCAUUUCAGAAUCUGUGCAGAGCAGGAGCAAAUCCCCAUAACAACGCUGGGUUCAGGCAGCUGCGGCCGUGAAAACACCCCACGUUCCUUGUGACGUCACAUCACACCCCCUCUAUUCAUGUCUAUGGACGUCACAACCCCUCCCAUAGACAUGAAUGGAGGGAGUCCGACCACAGUCGCUCAAACCCAGCGUUCUGAACAUAAUGUUCAGAACGUCAGGUGUCUGCACAUAGAUGAUGGGGGUCCCAAUGGCUGGACCCCCUGUGAUCAGACAUCUUAUCCCCUAUCAUUUGGAAAGGGAUUAGAUGUCUAGCAACGGAGUACCCCUUUAACCUCCUUGUAAGUAGUGGAAAAAGAUGGAACUGUAAUAAAAGACUCAGAUUGUGAAAGAGUAGAAAUUCAUGCCCACAUGAAACAAGAAAUCAUGGGAUACAACAUUAAUAAAUAGAGUGUUAUGCAUUUGUCCAUACUUUUUUCUCCCCAAAUGUAAUGGAAAUCCAACAGUAUAUGAGGCCCAAUAUGUCUUAAAAAAAAUUGGCUCAAUGCAAGUUGUUCCUAAUAGGGUCAUAGCUAUGGCAGGACAAUAUCAUACCUCUGUUAUAAAACAUGACAAAUCAGUAAUGCAUAUUAAUAGGUGCUAAGUUAUAAUGUUAUUAUUAAUUUAUGCAAUUUUCAUGUUAAUUCCAUUUUACAAUGAUGACCUCAUUUUAUAUAUAAUUUCUCGUAUCGUGUAGUAAAGGGUAUGAGUGGUGCCGGUGGUGAUCUUUCUAUUCAUUACAGACAGACUUCUGAAGCCAAUGUAGUCCUGAAAUAUAACCAAUACAUUAGCAUCUUAUGUACAUGGUAUCUCUACUCACAUGUGUAAGUGGUUUUGGUGAUCAUCUAGUUCCUUGCACCUUUUUGUUGCCAUCUGAUUGUUUUGGAACAUGAAACUUUUUAGUUGGUCGAUUGGGAGUUUACCACAUAUUGGACAGAAAAUGCUAUAUUCUUAGUAUUUGAGGCUUAAAGCCACAAAAAAAAAGUUACAUCGUACCUAAUCCUGACCAUGUACAUGUAAUUUUUAUGCCUCUAUCACCUAUAUUUAUUAUAAAAAAAAUACCUCUUUUCAUUAGCUCACAGUGUUAGAAAUCCUCUAAGGGGAACGGGGUGCAUCCCUCCUUGUGGUGGUGAUAGGUGAUAGGUGUAUGGUGGGAGGGGGCGCGCCCCUCCCUUGUGGUGGUGGGAGGUGAUUGGUGUGUCUGCUCAUGCAGCCUUGUCCAUGAAUCAUCUCAUGUCCAUGACUCAUGGACAAGCUGAUGUUGCUGUGGGACUGGUUAGUGUCCCGGUAGGUAUGGGGACCCCUAGUGGUGGGAUAUUCAGGGACUGAUUUCUUUAUUAAAUACUGAAAAUAUUUUAAACAACCAUAUUACAAAAGGUCUUUAAUUUUCAUCAGUAACAACAUAUAAAAAGUUUUUGGAUCUGACAGUAGUCGUUUAGAUGUCUAAUGAUAUGCCAUAAAUAUCUAAUAGAUGUGGGUCCAAUCUCUGGGAUCAGCCCUUAUGUGUGGAACAAGGAUUAUCCCAACCCACCUGGUGAGGCAGCUUCUAUAUUCAGGUGGAGACUGAAUGGAGAGAUCACCACCCAUGUAAACAUCUCUCGACGUUCACUGCUAUAUGAAUUACAGGGAAAGAACAGGGCAAGUUGUGGCCACCUGCCUCCUCAGUAAGCAGGUUCAAGAUUGUGGAGUUCCCUUCCAUCAUUCAGCUAACAAUUGUACAUCAGUGUGAGUAAAACAAUUAUAAGAUGUCAACAUAUUGCAUUUUUGUUGCAUUUCUACAUAGGCAUUUUCCGUUUUGGUUGCAACUCAGUGAGUUUACGAAUCAUAACAAUAAUGAAUGUAAAAAUGCAACACAAACAAACAGUGUGCACACAGUCAUAUAAGUACUAAUAAAAAGACCAGGUAGAUGGCCUGUAGAUUUCAGGUUGAAGGAGGGGUGGACUUUCUCAUGUGACUGUUGUUAGUGGCUCUUUUAUAGAGGUACGUAAAUUUACAGUUUGCUUUAUAGGCUAUGUUCACAAUUUACAUUUUUGUUGCAUUUUUAUCCUAAGUUUUUUUUUUGUUUUUUUUUUUAUUGGUAAACUCCCAUGUAACAGAAUGAGUUCACCAAUCAAAAAAGUAUGUUAGAGGGAAUUUAACAGUAAUGUCACCAGCACUAACCUGCUGUUACUGUCUAUUAGUGCUGGUGGCACUGAUCAAAAUGGUGUUCAUAUUAUAUUUCUAGGUGCGGCUGUUCACGAAAUAUCACUAAAAAUCCUAAUAUGUAAAUAAGGCUUUUGGUGCGCUCCCUAGUCUCAGGUGGCUGGUCUCUGAUUCAAGCCCUUCAAUAAAUUUUUAGAUUCUUCUUCUACAGCAAGUAACCGCUGUAACAAAGCUGGAUUUGGAUCCUCUAACCUGUGUGGCAGAUGACUUGGACCGUAUUGGGGAGAGGAGUCUAAGGUGCCGCUGGUCUUCACCAGAGCCCGCCGCAAGGCAGGACAGGCUUGCUGCGGCAGGUGACACCCAGGUCGCUACCCCCGACACGGCUAAGGAUAAGGCAGUUGCGUAGUCAAACAUAGCAGAAGGUCAAGGCAGGCGGCAAAGGUGCAGAGUCUAAUAACGUAGUGGAAGGUCUGGAUACAUGGGUAAGGCUAACAGGCUAUAGGAACGCUUAAUCUCAGGCUAGGGGCACUGUAGAUCCGGCAGGGAAGUGUGGGAGGUGCAUAGACUUAUAGGAUGGUGUCAGGUGUACACAAUAAUUAUGGGCAUACUGGCCAUUUAAAUGUUCGAGCUCUGGCGUGUGCGUGCCCUAAGGGGACGGGGACGCGCACUGGAGCUGAGACACAGCGGAGGCAGCAGGGGAGAGAGGUGAGUGACGGGCUGGGAUUCGCAUGUGGGCGCGUCCUGCGAUGCGAAUCUCAGCUCCGCCGGCAGCUGGGGAAAAGGGAACAAUGCGCUCGCGGCCGAUGGAGGUGGCCGGAGUGCAGGGCAUGACAGCCGCCACAUCCUGACAUCCUGCAAGUGCGUGGUGGUAGUCUGGACCAGCCGUGCUAAAGAGCUGAGUGCGCAUGCGCAGGAUCUGAGCAUGUGAUAGCUAUAUGCAGAAGAGGGAGAAUAUAAAUAUUCAUUAGGGGUCAUGAAUCAGGGACCAUCCAAGAAGGUGUACUAGUGCAUCCCGUGGCUAGGGAAUGCCCCGACUGUACCAAUGAUUUAAUUUAAAGGAAUACUGAAGUCUUAGAAACGUAUCCCCUAUCCGUAGGAUAUUGAAUAAGUGUCUGAUCACUGGGGGUCCAACCGCUGGGACUCCCCGCGAUCUCCCGUAUGGGGACCUGGCAUUGCCACGGCUAAUGCACAUGUUGUUGACCUAACUGAGGUCAAGGAGAUGCUCCCUCCAUACAAACGCAUCUCCGCCUCUCCCAUAGAGAUACAUGGAGGGGCGUGUGGGCCAUGGUGUCAUGCUGCACGAGAGAGCGUCAGUAAAGCUGGGGCAUCGUACAGGAGAUCGCGGGGGCUCCCAGCAUUCGGAACCCCGGUGAUCAGACACUUAUCCCCUGAGCAUAGGGGAUAAGUGUCUAGGGCUGCAGAUCUCCUUUAAUUAGUACAUUCAUAUUUACAUAUUAGGAUUUUUAGCAACAUACUGGGAAAGGCAGAACCUAGGAAAAUAAAGUUAACACCAUUUUAGUCAGCAGCACCCGCACCAUCAGGCAGUACCAGCAUUUUUGUUGCAUUAUUAAACGGAAUCGGACAGCAGCAUGACGCUCCUGUCAGAUUCUGUUUAAUAAUGCAACAAAAAGGCACAGUGUGAACACAGCCUUAUGCGCCAUUCAGCAACUAAUAAUGGUGGACAUCUGCAGAGACACGUCAGCGUGCAACGGUCAACAUUUCAAUACAAUUCCAAACACGUGCCCUUAAUCAAUGCAUUUCUAUUCACUGCACUACACAACAUGUGACUAUACAAGUUGCACACUCUACUAAAUGACACUUUGCUAAAACAACGAUCGCCCGUGAUUCAUGGAAAUACAUACGAAGGACUGCAAAUAAAUACAUAAUAACUAAAUGCUAAAGACUUGCAUAUAAUAUCAUGUACACAAUAGCUAUGCAGAGGACAGCACUGACUUGUCUGAACUAUUGUUAUGUCAUCUGGUCCAUUCAUAGCUCCUUGUAUCGAGAUAGAUUGUGAACAAUAAUACUUUAUUUUUCUAUAGCGGUAUUAGAGUAUAUGGUGCUGUUGUUAUAUGCUAGAAUGUUACAAUUCACUGCUAUAUUGGCAGAAUAAUGCCACAGAAUUGCAUGUUGUUGCCUUUGGAUUUCUCAAUGCCCUUAUACAGUUUUGAUAUUUACAAACAUAUUCACGGGCUUCAAAGAAAUGAGAUAUCUACUGAAUGCCAUAUGAAUGAUGGUCUUAUGUAACGUAAGCAUGGAAUACUACCCUGAGCUGGAUAUUCACAACAAGACUCUAUUCUAAAGGAAUGAAUGAGCUAUAACUGUAUCCAUCAAUAGGGGGCACAAUAUAAGAGAAAGGGCAAACAGGACUGGACUUGCUUAGGCACAAACAUAUAAAGAACCAAUAUACGGGACAGCAUUCCAGUACCUCUGAGUAAUUGCCUAGUAGUAAAUCUGGUCCUGUGAAUAAUUCCAUGUGGAGUUAGCAUGUCUGUGAUUGUAUGUCAAAUAUUGUAUGUUACAGAAUAGUUUCUUAUGGCUUUGACUGUUGCACCAUAAAGUACAUUUUUUAUUUACGCUAAUUGUGUUUUUUUUAUAUAUUUUUUUUUUAUUAUCAUCAAGUAAACAACUACUAAGUAGUUACACUCAGCUAUCAAAACUGGAUGGAACAGAGUGGGCCUAUAAUUGGUAAGAACGGGGGCUUAUAGUGGAUUGAUAUGUACUAACAUAUAAAUAUUAAUAUUAAUAUGCCUAUUUUUCCUAUACUGCAUACCAUAGUCUUC